ACAAAAAACAGACACACACUCAAAAACAAGUAACCGGUGGGCCCACAGAGAACAGAGAACGGACAGCAAAAUGAUUAACGAAUACAAAUAGAAACCGUGUGAAUAUUGUAUUGUAUAAAAAAAAGUAUGAAUGUUUGUUCAGGGAAAGCACAACACAGAAUGAAGUAGUAGCAAAGACAGCAAAAAAAACCAGAGGGAUUAAGUAACAAAACGCGGCGCCGUACUACUUGGUUGUAAAACAGAAAAUUGUGGUGAACAGGGAGAAAUGAUAGUAAACAAAGAAAAAACAAUUUGUAGAGAGCACACGCGUACGUUUCAGCAAAACAUUCACACACAACAACAAAAAAAAUGAAAAGCAUACAAUCUUACUGGGGAAAAAAUGGCGGAAAGCAGGAUAGAACCGGGCGAAAGGAAGUAAGUGAAGAUAAUAAGUGGAUUGUGGAAGUGGCGCAAAGGAAGCAAAUCCAAGCCGCUCGCUCCAAGCCAGGUUAAUUACGUGUUAGGGCGCCGCCGUAAAACGUACUGACAAUUACUACAACCUGUUUUAUGGUUAGUCCGGGAAGCAAACAAUCGAAAUCGGGGAAGCAAAGCAAGAAGGAACGAAAAGUGGAACAGAAAAGGUGGAACCACUAAUUCAUCGGCGAUUAUUCUUUAUGAGUUUUGCGAACACGCGUGUUCGCGACUGGGUUGGUUCGUGUUUUUCCUUUUGUGAGUUUUUUGUACAUUUCAAUGUAAAUAGCGAGGGGGAGGGGGGACUAAAGGAUAAGAGUGUAAGAAGGAUACUGCAGAGAGCGAUUACGAAAUUAUAACGACAACUAAGACGACCAUUCUGGGCCAUGUCUCAACGAACACGGUCACGGUGUUGCCAGGACGUUGGUGCCGUUGUUGCACAACUGGGAACUGACCCACACACACAUACACACAUACACACUGAUUGAUGGUCAAGUGUGGACUCACUUGAUCGCUCGACGGAGAGAAAAAAAAACGAUUGGUAGAAAACCGUAGCGUUAAGCAGCAGCUGUUACAAAGCAAUUGUCCAGUAAGAAUGGAACGCAAAAAAAACACUAAAAACAAGCAAAUUUAUGAUGAAAUGAUGGGUGAG